GACAACACGUGUGGAAAGAAAGUGGCAGCUGCGCUGCUAUUAAAAGAGCAUCAACAGCAGCAGGAGGUUAGCAGCAGGCAAGCAGAUCUCAGCGGUGUGAAGCAGCUCAAGUGAGAACACCGGGAUUCCACAUUCACGCACACACGCUCACAACAUUGCUGAAGGGGAUGGGAAUGGAGCCCGGGUGGAUCACCACAGUCCUGCUGGUUCCGUGCGCGGUGAUGCUGGCAGCUGGAUUGUUGCAUGUGUACUCCCUGGUGUCGGGCCUGCUGUCCAAAAGCCCCGUGCGCAAUAAGGUGCUGCUGCUCAGCGACGCUUUGUCCACACUUGGAAACGAAUGUGCCACCAUUUUCCACAAGGGCGGCGCCAGGUUGAUCCUGUGCGGCAAAAGCUGGGAGAAACUCCAGGAGCUCUCGGACAAGUUACUCAAUGCUUCCGACCCAAGCGUGCAGACGUUCCCUCCUAAACUGGUGCUUCUCGAUUUCGGGGACAUGGAGUCGCUUCCUGAAGCGAUAUCCGAGAUCCUGGAAUGUUACGGCUACCUGGACAUGCUCAUCCUCAACAGCAGCAUGAAGCUCAAAGCCCCCGCUCACACUUUGUCUCUGGAGCUGGACAAGCUACUCAUGGACAAUAAUUACUUUGGCCCGGUCACGCUGACUAAAGGUGUGCUGCCCUCCAUGAUGUCCCGGCGCUCCGGUCACCUCCUGCUGGUCAACAGCAUCCAGGCAAAACUGGCGGUGCCUUUUCGCACUUCUUAUGCCGCCUCCAAGCACGCAGUUCAGGCCUUCUUCGACUGCCUUCGUUCCGAGGUGGAGGAGUUAGGGGUUUCAGUCAGCACCAUCAAUGUCACUUUCAUCAGUUCACAUGCGCCGUCUGGGAAGCAAAACGACACGGCGGCCAAGUCCUUCUGGUCAGAUUUGUACACAAAGAAGCCACCGGGCUUUUCUACACGUGAGGCAGCCAGUGAGGUGGCCAAGACUUUGAGCAACAAGAGAAGGGAGGUCUUGAUGGCCCCCUCACUGCCAAAGGUGGCGAUCUACGCACGCUCCUUCUUCCCCAACUUCUUCUUCGCCGUCAUGGCAGCCGGAGUGAAGGAUGCCACCAACACUAAAAUGUAGUCCUGCACUAAAUGCUGUGUUUUUAGAAUUUUUUUCCAACACGUUCAACCGUAUUUAACCAAAUACGUUAGAACGACUAUCAAUACGUCCAGACAACUUUACCAACUCGUUCGUCAGACUUUGUAGUACAUUUUAAACAACAUUCAAAAAUGUUUACUCGACAUGAGCAAUUCCACACUUCCUACGUUAUCAUGCGUGUUAGUAGUGUGUUUAAUUUAAAUUAAAGUUAUACAUUGGUUAGCAUGUCUGCCCCACAGUUCUGAGGUUCUGGAUUGGAAUAUUCCUGUGUGGAGUUGCG